AAAUAUAUAAAUACCUAACUCUUCUCGAUACUAUCGUGAAUUGUCUAUCAAUAAUGAAUAUGUAAUGAUAACAGAUUACUUAAUUACUAAAUCGUAAAGUUCUAAACGCAUAAGCUGCAGAUGGGCUUGACUUGAAUGUUGAUUCUUCAUUACAAAAAAGCGGUGGAAUUUUUUUAUCGGAAACUAGUUGAUAGUUCCGUGAGGUUUAAGGUUAGAACAAUUAGUUGCUACAAGAAUUGGGAUAAAGAUUAAAUAGGUAUUUAGAAAAGAAGCCAAAACUCUUAUAAUGACUUCCCUAUUAAUCAACGCCCUGAGAAGAAUACACCUGUCUUUACCAACUCAGACUGCAGUUAAGUGUUUUUCAACUUCUUCAUACAAUUCGAAUACAUUAGACAUAACUAAGAAAGAUUGGAAAUUCCCUCCACAAUAUACAAAACCGCGUGAAGUGUGGAUAGAAAACUUAGAUUCUAUUGAAGAAAAGAAGCUUGGCCUGUUUGAACUUCAUCCUGCAGUGUAUGCAACUGUACCUCGUAUUGAUAUUAUUCAUCAAAACGUUAUUUGGCAACGAAAAUUUAGAUGGGUGUCUUGGGCGCACACUAAAACACGAGCUGAAGUUAGAGGAGGUGGAAGAAAGCCUUGGCCACAGAAAGGGCUUGGGCGUGCUCGUCAUGGGUCAAUUCGGUCCCCAUUGUGGCGUGGUGGUGGUAUUGCUCAUGGUCCAAGAUCAGGGAAAUCACAUUUCUUCAUGCUUCCAUUUCAUCUUCGCAUACAUGGUCUGACAUCUACAUUAUCAGCAAAGUUAGCCCAAGAUGAUUUACAUGUUGUUAGGGAUUUGAACCUACCAUCUGAUGAGCCCAAUUAUAUUAUAGAUCUUAUUGAACAAAGGAAUUGGGGUCCUUCAGUUCUCAUUGUUGAUGAUACUGAUAUUGCACCAAGAAAUCUAACAGCAGCUCUAGAUGCUCUGCCCCAUGUUAAUGUGAUGCCAGUAUAUGGGCUAAAUGUGUAUUCUAUGCUUAAACAUGAUACACUUGUUUUAACUCAAUCUGCAGCUGAGAGGAUUGAAGAAAGAAUACUUUGCCAUCUCCACUCUAAUACCAGGAAACAACAAGCUGCAUUCAAAUUAGAUCAAGUUUAGAAAGAAGAUAAGAUAUUAUGUGAGGGUAAAUUAUUGACAUCCUCUUCAUAGAAAUGAUAAGUUUGAGUUUUUAUAUAAUUUUAUUUACAGUGUAAAUAGUCACAAUAUUAAACAAUUAGGAAGUU